CUUGACAUUAACUCUGGAAGCUCCUCGAACCAAACCAAACCCCUUACUCCCAUACAAAAUUCUGCUAUAUAUACACCUCCAAUUCAUCACCAAUCUAAUUCACAAAACCAAAUCAAAUCAAAAACAUUCACAAGCAAAUCAAAUCAAAAUGGGCGAUGAAGUAACUCUGUUAGAUUUCUGGCCAAGUCCAUUUGGAAUGAGGCUGAGGAUCGCAUUAGCAGAAAAAGAAGUGAAACAUGAGUAUGUCGAAGAGGAUUUGAGAAACAAGAGCCCUCUUCUGUUGAAAAUGAACCCAGUUCAUAAGAAAAUACCAGUUCUGAUUCAUAAUGGAAAACCCGUUUGUGAAUCACUCAUUGCUCUUCAGUAUAUUGAUGAGGUUUGGCAUGACAAGUCUCCUCUUUUGCCUUCUGAUCCUUACUCUAGAGCUCAGGCGAGAUUCUGGGCUGAUUUUGUUGACAAGAAGAUAUAUGAUCAUGGCAGGAAGAUAUGGACUACAAAGGGAGAAGAACAGGAAACUGCAAAGAAAGAUUUCAUAGACGCACUUAAGGUAUUGGAAGCGGAACUUGGAGACAAGCCUUACUUUGGUGGUGAGAGUCUCGGAUACGUUGAUGUUGCGCUUGUACCAUUCUAUUCUUGGUUUUAUGCCUAUGAAACCUGCGGCAACUUCAGCAUAGAGGCUGAGUGUCCGAAGUUCAUCGAAUGGGUAAAGAGGUGCCUCGAGAAAGAGUCUGUAUCGAAGUCGCUUCUUGAUGAGAAGAAGGUCUAUGAAUUCGUUUUGGUGCUCAAAAAGAAGUUUGGUAUUGAGUAGAAGGAACAGAUAUGUUUCAUUUCCUGUUUAUGUCAAAAGUGUGUUCUGAAGUAUUCAAAAUAAAUGGCAUUUAGAUGUGCCCGUGCUUUGCUUUGGUUAUAACUUAGAUUGUGUGUCUGUAUUUUCUUUUCUGUAUUUAUUUUGUGGAGGAAUAUACAUUUUCUUUCUCCUUUA